UGGCGGCGGGCCCCAUGACCGAGACUGCGGCGAAGAAGAAGAAGUGGCUCAAGAAGGAAAAAAUCGGCCAAGGCGCGCAUGGCAUCGUGUACAAGUGCACGGAGAUGCCACCGUCCACGCGCGUCGUGGCGCUCAAAGAGCUGAGCACGAAGGAUCUCUCGGCCGAUGAAAUCGACGCACUCAUGCGCGAAGCCACCAUCAUGCACGGGCUCACACACAAGCACAUUGUGCACUACGACGGGGUCAAGCAGAAGAAGCGCCGCCACACGUUGGAGAUCUCAAUGGAGUACAUGCCGGGCGGCUCGCUUAGCGCGUACAUACGCGCGGUCGGUGGUGCUCUCACGCUCGAGCGAACGCAGCGCUAUACGUGGCAGCUCCUGCGCGCACUGCAGUUUCUUCACGACCACCGCAUCGCGCACCGGGACAUCAAGAGCGCCAACGUGCUGUUGAAUUUGGACCAAUCGCAGCUCAAGUUGGCCGACUUUGGCGCCCUCAAGGAAAUUGGAAGCGUCUCGGUCGUCGGGGGGCUCAAGGGAACGCCCCACUGGAUGGCUCCAGAAGUCAUCAAGGAACAACAAACGAGCGAAGGUUGGAUCAAGGCCGAUAUUUGGAGCCUUGGCUGCACCGUGCUCGAGAUGCUCACGGGCCAGACGCCGUGGCACGAGUUCAGCAACCCGCUCACUGCCAUGUACAAGAUCGUCUCGAGUGACUCGAUUCCAAAGGUCCCCAACGACUUGCCGGCCGAGGCAAUUGCCUUCCUUCACGCGUGCUUCCAGCGUGACCCCAGUAAGCGGCCAGACGCCAAACAGUUGCUGCUGUCGCCUUUCUUGAAGAGUGUGCGACGGGAGCGCAAGAAGAUCAGAGCGGAUGCCACGUCACGCCCCCUCAGUAACUCCCCGCUCAAGACGGUGUCCACCACGAAAUCCAAGCCCAAAUUGGCCGUCUCCGAGAAGCCGGCAACACCGGCUCUCAAGCUCUCCACGCCCGAAGAAGACGACGCCCCGAUGCCCAAAUUCAAAGUCCUCUCGAUUUUACAAGCACCCGACGUCGUCCCGUCGCCUUCGAUGCGUCACCGGGCCAAGAAACUUGUCAAGCUCGAACCACUUACACCGACUGCGCGGGAUACCAACCAAGACGAGGGGCGCGAUGCUGAGCUUCUCUGCAGCGCUACCAAACAUGCAUCUCCGCAACCGCGGCGUGGUCCUGCGCCCAAUGAUCUCACCAACUCGCCACUGGCAUCGCCGCGGUCGCCCGCUCACUUGCUCUCAACGCGGUCGGUCGGCGACAUUCAUCUGCCUCCAGGGCUCCAACGCCCUGAGCUACGCCGUAUUGCGACUGCGCCACACGCCAUGCGGCGCUCCGAGGUAUCGCCGAGCCGCCUCAAGCUGCCCCCGCUGUCGGCGCGCGGGCCUGCACCUCAAUCUAGCUACGAUCUGUCGAGUAACAAUGCAUAAGACACCUUUUC